AUGUCUUCCUUAACCAUCUGGGAACGCGUAUCGCUAUUCCCUCGAUUUCUUCCUCUCCCUGGAGUUCUCCUCUACACCGCCCUAGCCUCGUUCUUCUCCAAGAGUUACAAGGGCAGGAAGUUAUACCGUAUCAUUUUCGAAGCUGCCGGACGAUAUGUUACGCGAGUCGCGACUGUUUCUCAGCUCCAAUGGGUUAGUGGUUCGACUUUGGAGAUGUACGAAACUUGGGCGAAGAAGCGUGGUGUUUCUCCUGUUGUUGAGAAGGUUCGAGUCAGUGAGGGGGAGGAGGUUAAUUUGUAUUGGAUUGGGGAUAAGGAAGCAGAGCAGGUUUUGAUAUAUAUCCAUGGAGGCGGGUUUAUGUUACCCAUUUCGGAUUUUAUGUUCACGUUCUGGGACUUGGUUCAUCAAGGAAUGAAGAAACGUUCGGAUUGUAACUGUAAUUUCAGCAUCGCUGUUCUAGACUACUCUCUUCAUCCUGCGACAUUCCCAAAUCAACUCCGUGAACUCAUUCAAACGAUCAACCACUGUCUGCUGAAGAAUCCACGCGAAACGUCGUCCAACUUAAAGUUACACCUCGCAGGCGAUUCCUGCGGUGCCAACAUCAUUCUCCAGCUCAUCUCCCACACUUUCCAUCCUAUACCGGGAAUACCCCCCUCUCCCCUACGCUCGUUUGGAACGGGAACACCAAGACCACCACUGAUCCGGAGCGUCCUGCUCAUCUCACCCUGGACAUCCCUCGACGAGGAAUCUCCCUCUCAAACGAUGAACACCACCGAUGCUCUCGAUGCUCGAACCUUACGUCGGUGGGGGGCGAUGUAUGUUUCGGGUAUCCCAUCCGGAUCCGGAUUCGACUACGUUCCGUACGUGAAAAUCCAUAAAGCUCCCGCGGAUUGGUUGGAUGGUGUGGAUAUGCACCGGGUGCUUGGGAGAGUUAUGAUUACAACUGGGACGGCUGAGUGUUUGUUGGACGAUGCGGAGGUGGUGUACGAGUUGCUGAAGCGUCACAGUGGGAGGGGGCUUGAAGUGAGGAUGGACGUUGAGGAAGGUGGUAUUCAUGAUGAUCCGAUUUUUGAUAUUGGUGCUGGGAGUAGGCAGUUGAAUGAUGUUGGUGAACGGAUGGUAGAUUGGUUGGUGGAGAGCUGUCGGCGGUGUCAGUGA